UCUGCCGUGCUUAGUGCCGUCGUUCGUAUCGAAGUCUCGGCGGUGCGUCCCAAUUACGUCCGGCCUUGGCAGACAGAGCCGCUGCAGAGGCGGCGCGGCACGGGCUUCGUGGUAGAGGGCAGGCGGAUCUUGACCAAUUUUCACGUCAUCGAAGACGCCGUGGAUAUUCGGCUCUCGCGUAGUGGUGACGCACGCCGCUGGUCUGCCAGGUUGCUCCAGUCAGGCGCAGAUGUGGACCUCGCGAUCCUUGGAGUUGACGCCAAUGCCGACGAGUUUUUCGCACCCGAAGUCCAACCGAUCAAGAUAGCGCCGACUCUGCCGAUGCUCCAGGACCCCGUGCGCGUGCUUGGCUUCCCCGAGGGCGGUCGAACGAUCUGCGUCACCGAGGGCAUCGUCUCGCGAAUAGACGCAAAAAAUUACCGACUGGGCCUCACCGCCAGCCUCUCUCCAGGAGACCAUCUGGUGCUACAGAUCGACGCGGCCAUCAACAGCGGCAACAGCGGCGGUCCCGCAUUGGCAGCGGACGGCCAUCUCGUCGGUGUCGCCUUCCAGGGCCUCGACGCGGCGCAGAGCGUGGGAUACGUCAUACCUGCGUCGGUGGUGCAAACUUUCCUGACAAACUGCCUGCACGGGGGAGGGCGAUACGCAGGUGUGCAGGAGGUUCCUUUUCGUGUCCAGCGUCUUGAGGCGACCGCUCUCCGCAGCCGCCUCGGCGUCCCCCCCGGCACGAACGGCGUUGUGGUAACCGCCGUCAGCGACCUUAUGGCGGUGACAAAUAGCAGCAGCUUGCUAGUGGAUGAUGUGAUCACGUCAAUUGAUGGCACGGAAUUGGGAAAUGACUACACCGUGCUACUCCGAGCCGGCGAGCGGGUGGGCGCGGACUACCUCAUUACCUCCAAGCACAUCGGCAGUCCGACCACGCUGGGACUACUCCGCGACGGGCGUCGCCUAGCCUGGUCGGGCGUGCUCGGGCCGAUCCCCCCACCGAUCCCCCGCACGCAUGGGCUGGACGCCUCCCCAGAGUGGGUCUUGAUCUGCGGGUUUCUCUUCGCGCCCUUGACCGCGCCUCUCGUCGAUGCAGUCAGCGUCGAGAACGGCGGCCUCGAUUCGCGCGUGCACGACGUCUACCGUGACGCAGUCGAGCGAAAGCACGGGUUCCGGCGCAGGGAUCUCCCGUCGCCCCCAAUCGUGCUGCUCGACAUAUUAACGCACGAAGUCAACUUUGGCUACCCCUUCGGUGGGUGGCGCGUCUUCAAGUCGUUCAAUGGGGCGAACACCAAUCAGCAAUGGAGUCUGCAACGGCUGUACCAGCGAUGGCGGCAGGCGAAGCUUUCGGCCAAGCCUUUCGUCGAGCUGCGCUUCACCGACGAGAGUCGCGCAGUCCUCUCCACCAGGGAGUGCGCGGACGCGGAGCCAGCCAUCCUCAGCCGGUAUGGCAUCCCAUCU